AUGCUCUCCCGGGCUAAGCCGGCCGUGGGGGGUACCCUGCCGCCGGCAGACAGGCGGAGGAAGAAAGGGAAGAAGGUGCCGCAGCUAGAAGAGCUCCUGGCCCUGAGGGACUUCACCGGCGCGAUCGCCUUGCUGGAGUUUAAACGGCAUGUGGAUGAGCAGGAGGAGGAUGCUGACCUUUGGAUCGGAUACUCUGCCUUUCAUUUGGGUGACUACAAGAGAGCACUGGAGGAAUAUGAGGCCUUAACCAAACAACCGUCUUGCAAUCCAGAUGUUUGGGUGAACCUCGCCUGUACAUACUUCUUUCUGGGGAUGUAUACGCAAGCUGAGCAAGCAGCCUUGAAAGCACCUAAGAGUCGUCUCCAGAACCGUUUACUCUUUCACCUGGCACAUAAGUUCAGUGAUGAGAAGAAACUGAUGAGCUCUCACCAGAAUCUGCAAGACAUUACAGAAGAUCAGCUUAGCUUGGCAUCUAUCCACUACAUGCGGUCCCACUACCAAGAAGCUAUUGAUAUCUACAAACGCAUUCUUCUUGAUAAUCGGGAAUACCUGGCUCUGAAUGUAUAUGUGGCCCUAUGCUAUUACAAGCUGGAUUACUAUGAUGUAUCACAGGAAGUGCUAGCUGUUUACCUUCAGCAAGUUCCUGACAGCACCAUUGCUCUCAACCUUAAGGCUUGUAACCAUUUUCGACUUUACAAUGGGAAGGCUGCUGAGGCAGAGCUGAAGAACUUGACGGACAGUGCCUCAUCAUCUUUUGAGUUUGGCAAGGAGCUCAUUAAGCACAAUCUGGUGGUGUUCCGAGGAGGAGAAGGGGCUUUGCAGGUCCUGCCUCCUCUGGUUGAUGUUAUUCCUGAGGCAAGACUGAAUCUUGUGAUUUACUAUCUCCGGCAAGAUGAUGUGCAGGAGGCUUAUAACCUGAUUAAGGACCUGGAACCUACAGCUCCACAGGAGUACAUCCUCAAAGGAGUGGUAAAUGCAGCACUUGGACAAGAAAUGGGCUCGAGAGAUCAUCUGAAAAUUGCUCAGCAGUUCUUCCAGUUGGUGGGUGAAUCAGCCAGCGAAUGUGAUACCAUUCCAGGGAGACAGUGCAUGUCCUCCUGCUUCUUUCUUCUUAGACAGUUUGGUAAUGUCCUGAUUUACCUCAACUCAGUCAAGAGUUACUUCUACAACGAUGACACUUUUAACUUCAACUACGCCCAAGCCAAAGCUGCCAUGGGCAAUUUUAGUGAGGCUGAAGAGGUGUUCCUUUUGAUCCAGAGUGAGAAGAUAAAGAAUGAUUUUGUUUACCUUAGCUGGCUAGCUCGCUGCUAUAUUAUGAAUAAGAAACCACAGUUGGCCUGGAAGCUCUAUCUGAAGAUGGAGACCUCAGGAGAGUCCUUUAACCUUUUGCAGCUCAUUGCAAAUGAUUGCUACAAAAUGCGUCAGUUUUAUUAUUCAGCCAAAGCAUUUGAUGUUCUGGAGAGACUGGACAGUAAUCCUGAACACUGGGAAGGCAAGAGAGGUGCUUGUGUGGGUGUCUUUCAAAUGAUCUUAGCUGGCCGAGAAGCAAAAGAGACUCUACGGGAAGUACUGCAUCUUCUGAAGAGCACUGGUAAUUCUCAAGUAGAAUACAUUGUCCGCAUCAUGAAAAAGUGGGCCAAGGAGAACAGAGUCCCUGUCUAAGUCAGUGCCACAAAAUGAACCGGGUCAGUUAGCAUUGUGUGUGUGGCUGUAAGAUGUGGGUCUUGGUUUUUCCUGUGCAUUCUGGGUAUCUACUUCCUUGCAGGACUUUAGACUAUCAAGCAGGUUGACCCAGCUGAGCAACAGCGUAGUGCAGUGAGAUUGCAAAACAUUCAGCAAGUAUUUUUUUUCAUUAGAGCUUUAUUGGUACUUUUUCUGUUGCACCACUCUCUAUUCCUCAUUCAAAGUUUCUCAUUUUUUUUAGUAGUAAUUCCAACUGUCCACAAGUCAAAGUGCUCCUCAUAUGUUCCCCAGAUUUCUCAACACAAGUUACUAGAGUGCUUUGUGGGGUUUUUAUUCAGCAAGUCUUCUGGCCUCUGGAGAAGAAUCAUUUGUUAAAUGGCUGAGACAAAUAUACUCGAGCAAGAAGUGGAAUGUGUGAAGUAGAGCGUAUGACGGUGAAAACCAAAAGCCAGUACUAGGGUAUCAGGUAAUACAUAAAGACUUCUAUAUAUUACGUGUCUGGGGUAAAAUACAAACUGUAUUCUGAGCACUGUCCUUUUCUGGAUAAAUCUCAAUAACUAAUACCUUCAUCUCUUGUUUUUGUCUAUAAAGAUUGUUGAUUAAUUCUGAAGAUGAGGGUUAAUCAACCCAAAAUGCAAAGCAUGACGGUACCAUCUUUUUCAGAGCAUGGAGAUUUGACAGACUGUAUUGUUCAGUCUUGCUUUGAGGUCUGACACUCAAAACGUUUAUUCAUGUUAAUAUAAUUUGUGUGAGUAAUUCAUUGAGUCUAGCAAUCUGAUGGAUAAAAGAACUGGAUGUUUUGAAUAAUUUUCUUCAGCAUUUACCACCCUAGUUAGCAAUAUAUUUAUUAUACUAUUGGAUUUAUUACACUCUCCUGUUUUCUAAGGAGAACAGUUCAGGGAAUACAUAAUUCUAAAAGAAGGUAAUAGUUGUA